CCAUCAACAACCAGUACGAAAAUGGCAGGGAUAAUUCACAAGAUCGAAGAGAAGCUGGGUAUGGGAGGCAAGAAGGAAGGUGAGAAGCACGAGGAGGUGAAGAAGAGCGAACACGGCCACGGAUCUGGAGAUCACCACAAGGAAAAGGAAGGCCUUGUGGAUAAGAUCAAAGGCAAGAUCCACGGCGGCGAAGGCAAUGACGGCAAGAAGAAGAAGAAGGAUAAGAAGGAGAAGAAGGAUAAGAAGAAACACGGCGACGGCCAUGACAGCAGCAGCAGCAGCGACAGCGAUUGAUUGAUUUCGCUGAUCUAUGAGAACAAAAUAAAAGGCAGAAAGAAGGAGUGUGCGCAUUCAUGCUGUAGCGUAUUACUUAAUUCUUAUAUUUGGAUUAUUAUUGUUAUUCUAAAUGUUGUUUCUCCGCUUAAUUAAUGGAAGUAUUUGCUGUUUUUAUUUGUCA